CCGCGUCGGCUUAAUUGGGCGGGGACGUGGUGGAACCGACGGGCUGGCUCAGCGGCCAUUGAUGCGCUUUACCUCUGAGAGGACAAACCGAGAUUAAUUCAUCCAUAGCUGCGGUUUUCUGUGGACUGAAGCCAUGGUGUCUCACUCUCUCGCCCUGCCGAUGAUCUGCUUCACCACGCUAUGGGGGCUGGUGGGGGUCGUGGCCCCGUUUUUAGUGCCCAAAGGACCGAACCGGGGUGUGAUUGUCACCAGUCUCAUCCUCACAGCGGUCUGCUGCUACCUGUUUUGGUUGAUAGCCAUUCUGGCCCAGGCCAACCCUCUGUUUGGCCCUCAGCUGAAGAAUGAAACUAUAUGGUAUCUGCGCUACUUCUGGGAGUAAACAAGGACUGUGCGAUGUGAUGCCUCCCUCCUCUCCCUCUGGUUUGCUGGAUUUAAUUUCAAUGUAACUCCAUAACCAUUUAAAACAACCCAACACACACACACACAUCCAAUCUGCAGAAUUGAUGGAACAUUUCUCACGUUGCAGCAUUUUGUAAAUCAAAAGUCAGCGUCAGUUUUCUUUGCAACCUUGAGGAAUCUUCAGAAUAAUGUACAGUAUGUGGAAUUUAAGAUUUCAGAGUUUAUUAGGACACAUGUUGUGUGUUUUAAAACAAGUUGUGAAUUACAGAAGUUCAGAGACAGUUUUUUUCUGUCAGUGAGAAUGGUCACCAGUGAAACCAUGACAUCGUCUGUUAGGAGUAGAUAUAUCAAUAAUCCAUCUCUGAAAUGUGCAAUCCUUAAAUACUUUAGUUUGUUUACAUAUUUUGGUUUUUGUGUCGCUGCCAUCAGGGAACAUGAAUUUCUGAGUGUUUGUAUUUAUUUUGGCCUGUGGACACUGAUGUAAGCUCAUUGUAAUUACCUCAGUGUCCGCGUGGCCUUGUUAUAUAACUGUUGUUAGCCUAUCUGUGAUGUAAUGGUGUUGGUGUGUGUGUGGAGUGUGAGUGAGAGUGUGUGUGUGUGUGUGUGUGUGUGUGUGUGAAGAGUUCAUUACUGUGAGUGCUUGGACCGCGGCCAUGAGAAUCUCCCAAAACUGUAAAAGUGAAGAGCGAUUCCCUCCACUUUAGGCCACUUCAGCAUGAAACUCCCUCCCACAUUCCCCUCAUGCUCGACACCGUGGAGGUCCUCGUUGCCAUGGUGAUCUCAUCGCCCAAUUCAGUCCUGCUCCACUCGACCCCUUUUGAUAAAAUCCUGCCCGUUCUCGUGUGUGUACAGAUGUACCGUAGGUUGUACUGUAGGGACACGUUUUUGGAGCGCGGCUGCCGGUAGCUGCUGAUAGAUUCGCUGUUGUCGUCCACAAUUUAAAAUAAUUUUCAUACCCCACGUCAGGCCCCCCCCCCCCCCCUUCUUUCAAACAGCAGUUACACCAGAUUCCUCAUUUAAAUUUCGCCUAAUGAAUUCUUUUUGGGUUUGCAGCUCUUCGGGGCACAUCUUUUCAGCAGCAGAGAGGCAGAGAAAAUAGCUGCUUUAAAAUGCAUUCAUUCACCAGGAGACAAAGCAAUGAAAAGAAAAAUAGAUUUAACAGAAAAAAGUGUUGUUUUGUUGCACGUUAAAGACGUUUUCACUGGAUUUAAUCUGUCAGAAGCCCCUAUUAUAUCAGUGGUGGAUGCCUCCGACUGGCUGAUGAUGGAAAUUUAAUCAAAGGUUCCCCAGUUUAUCAGGUCACGAUGCAGUUAAACCCUCAUUUGCAGUUUGUUGUUUGUAAAGGUGCAUAAUGAAAUGCACUGGGUUUUUAAAAACAUUUUCGUCUAAUUUACUGUAGAAAAGUUGCAGAAAAAAGUCAAAGUGAUGGUUCAAAAAAAAUUCAAAAUGCAGUAAAUUAAUGUUCAUUAAAACAUGACUAAUCAGUCUAAUUAACAGUACAUAUUGUAUAUAUUAAUGGCACAUGAAUAAUACGUGCAAAUACUGUACCAACUGCACUGCCCUGUAUGGAAUAGAGUGCAUAUCUAAAUCUGUUCACAUGUAUUUGAGUAUGGAGGAAGGUCCUGUGCGUUCACACUGCCACCAGCUGGAGCAGUCAGUUGCCAGAGGUCCAGGGCUCAGGGUUUUCUCUCUGUUGACCAGUGUUUUCAAGGUUUUACAUUUUAUUUGUAUUUAUUAUUAUUUAUUUUUUAUUUUUUAUUUGUCCUGGGUACAAAUGUACAUUCUCCAUGUAACAGCGUGUAGAUUAUGUUCUUCCCCCUCCUCCACUGGUCAGGUGCAGCUCAGUAGCCUAUUUUAUCAUUUUAAGCUUUUUUUUUAAAACAUUUGCCUUGAAUAAGAUGCAGGUGUGAUACACCUGCCUGCUCAGCUGCCCGCCAUUACCACAACUACAUUUCCCUCCUUCCACUCCCCACGUCCAACCCUGAGAACCUCCUCCCUCCCUCCCUCCCUCCUUCCUCAACACUGUCCCUCCCCUUCUUCCUCUCUAAAACCACUUUGCUUCAGCCAAAAAAAAAAAAAAAAUCUAAAUCAAUAUACAGCUACUUUUUAGAAAGACCAAAUUGUGUUAUAUCUUUUCCUGCAGCCCUCUUCAGUAGUUGUGGUGGUGGCAUGCAUCUAAAAGUGGAUACACAGGAGUGUAUACAACACUGUACUGUACAGAUCAUUACAUAAGGGGGAACCAACUUCAAAUAGGGUGUGAUCGUACCAACAAAGGUAGACUUCCCUUGCCAGGAAAGCUGACUUUGUUGCAUGCUGGCAUUUAGUUUCACUCUGUUCACUUCCAACUAGAGCUUGUUAAAAAAAGAAGAGUCACGUGGACUCACAAGUAGCUCGUUUAUUGGACAGAGUUUUGGUAACAUGUCAGCAUGCUCGGUUAGAAAUGUUGGUGUUGGUGGAGAAUCAAAACAAAUCUGAUACCAGGUCCUGUAGCUUUAGCUCAGUGUGGUGUUUAGGUCUCAUUCCAGCUGAGAGCACAGAGGAAAAAGCUGGAGAUGAGCAUCAGUCCAGACUGUGGUUUGCUCUCACUUCAUUUUCUCCCGUCAGGCUUUCCAGCCAUUAACUGCUGGCUAUCGGACAUACCCACAAACCCUUGUGUUUUGGGUUUGUUUCCUGUAGUUGGUUUGAAUUACACUCCCAAUCCCACUCAUAAUGUAAUGUGCUACAAUUAAGCUUCCAAAAAGGACAGAGUCACAUGUUCAGUGUCAGUGAAUCACUGGACAGCAAAUGGCUUUGUUCUCGCUUGACCAAACAAACCCGUAAAAACACGCUGCGUGUGAACUCACCACGAAGACGUCAGAUUCUUGUUUUUUUAUUCCUUUUCUGACAAAUUGAUAACUGGCUGCUGUUUAUCUGUUAAAUAUUCCUGGCAACGUAGAUGGAGAUUGAGAUUUUUUUAGUGUGUUAAGAGUCACCAUGGUAACAGAGAUCUACUCAAUCACGGAUCUUGUUGUUGGUGGAGAUGAGCUCCUAUAUGUGACCUAGUAUUAGUGUGAAGUAAAUGCUUCUGUGUGAGUGGCAUUGUAUGUGAAGCUCCCAAUAAAAGAAACUCUAUGUCUCACA